GUCAAGUCUCAACCGACGCUCAAAUCAUCGCCAUGUCCUCUCCCUCUCUCGACCGUCUCGUCUCACAAUACUACCAGCAAGUCGAAAUUCCCUCCCUCUCUCUCUCCCUCCCAUCCAACUCGACCCUCCUCGACCCCACCACCCAACAUGCUCUUUACAAUCGCAUGUUCAACGACGCCGACCCCGCCCUCUGGCCGCUGCCGCCAGCCCAUUAUCGCAUGCGCGUGCUCAAGCUGAUCAUCGCGCGCCUGGAAGAAUCCCUCACCAAUCCCGAGGAGGAUGAAAUCAUCGACGAACUCCUAGAAACAUGGGGCACACUCCUCACGCACCCCAAACCCUCCGCGAUUGAACAAGCCCAACAACUCACCUAUAUCAAAUACACCGCUCCACACAUACCUGACCCCUCCCCAUCCCCCUCUUCCCCAGCCGCAGACCCAAACCACCCCUCCCGCCGAACAACCAUAACCUCCGAAUCCCGCGGCCUGAUCCUCUCGUCCGGCACCACGGGCUUCCGCACCUGGGAAGCCGCGCUGCACCUGGGAACUUACCUGGCGACGAACCGGACGGCGGCGCGCGCCCUGAUCGAGGGGAACCGCGUGAUCGAGCUGGGCGCAGGCACGGGCUUCCUCGCCAUGUUCUGCGCGCAGCAUCUGCAGCCCCGCUCCGUGGUCACCACCGAUCGGGAGAUCGCCCUGAUCGAGCAGAUCGAGGAUUGCGCGGGUCGGAAUGGCUUGUACGAUACGCCGGGCAAGUUUGCGGCGGGGAUCUGGGAGUGGGGGACGCGGUUGGAUAUUCCUGGGUUGGAUGGCAGCUCUGUUUCCUCAUCCUCAGGAGAGGCAGCAGCAACAGAGGUAAAUGGAGGGGAAAAGGACCGAGGACUCAAGUUCGAUGUUGCGCUGGGCGCGGACCUGAUCUACGACGUCGACCUCGUACCCCUACUAGUCUCCACCAUCGAGGACCUCUUCACCAACUACGGCCUACAGCAAUUCAUCAUCUCCGCGACGCUGCGGAACGAGGAUACCUUCCGGACGUUCCUGAGAGCGUGUGAAGCUCAAGCCUUCACCGUCGAGCAGAUCCCUUUUACCUCCCCUCCUGAGGCAGAGCAGACGGGAUUCUACCACUCCACGGCUAUUCCGAUUCAUAUAUAUCGGAUUACAAGACCCAAGGUCUAACUCUUCUUCUUUUUCUCUUCAGGAAGAGCAUGAAGACUUAGAUAUAAUCCGAAAAGGAACCGAGACCGUGUCGUAGACGAAGAGCGCACGCAUCUAUUACCCACGCAUCCCGGCGUCAUGUCUGCCUUACAAUGCAUAUGGUAGAAUCAGGGAUGGUGCCAAUCUAUGAUGGUGGUUGGAAUUUAAUCUCAUUUCGUAAAGGGCAACG